AUCUUCGAGUUGACUUAGUCCGUCUCUCUCUCUUCUCUCUCUCGAUCUUUCUCUUAAAGUGCUUGAAUUAAUGGAGACUGAUCAGCCUGCACUAGAAAAGCCAGACCAGGAAUCCUCGGAUGAACAAGAAGCAAACCCUGCAAGGUCCUAUAAGUGCACCUUUUGCAAGAGAGGUUUCUCCAAUGCACAAGCCCUGGGAGGCCACAUGAAUAUUCAUCGCAGAGACAAAGCCAAGCUCAAACAAGCUUUACCAAGUGAAACUACUCAACGAUCUUUGGACAUUCCAAAGAUUAUCCCCUCGUAUUCUCCGAACCAUCCGAGCUGGACAACAAUACAGUCUAUAGCUGAUUCCAGGUCUACUCAAGACAGAAGCAGCCCUGGAAGGUGGCCUUGGGUUAUUCAGGACGACGACGACGAUGAUGAUAAUAAAAGAACCAAAACCACCUGCCAUGUUGGAGAAAUCAGGCAACUGCCUUUGUUUGAUGAAAAACCAUCAAUAACAGAUCAAAAUCCGAGCAGUCAAGUUCAAGGGGGCACUGAAAAAGACUUCUCAUCAAACCAGGGUUCAUCAGGGUCGGAGUUGGACCUUGAACUCAGACUGGGGCCUGAACCUCAGGAUUCAUCGCCGUCAAUGACUACCAAAAAGUUCUUUUAA